CGCCGAUGGGGUGAGGAGCACUUUUCUUCAGACUCCUCACUGCGAGAGGCUCUGUGAGGUGGAAAGAGAGAAGGAAACUCCUUGGAGGGAGAAAAAAGAAUAUUAAACUUUACUUCAGAAUAUAUAUAUAUUACAGUUGUGUGUUCUCCGAGGCUAAGGCAUAUCGCUUGAAAAGAGAAUGAGAGACGGAGAGAAGGAGCGAGACCCUUUGAAAAUCGUUCGUCUCCCUUUGAAAAUCGUUCGUCUCCCGUAAACGAUGGUGCGUAGUGCAAUAGACGGCAGCCCUUGUCUCGAUGGCAGCGCGAAGGUGAGAUGAACGAAAAUGGUGGUCAGGGAACGAUGUAUUUUGGGAAGGCGUUGGCGUCUGGAAGGUACGAUAAAGAGAGUUGCCGUUUAGUCAGUUUCCAAGUGUAUUUCGCCCAUCGGAAGUUCAUCAAGAUUAGAAGAGAUUAGAAGAAGGAGUCCAUCACUUUUCUUUUUCUUUUUUUAUCUUUUUCGUUCAUUCUGGUGAUCUUUAUUAAUAUAAAGAUGGAAGAUUGCUUCUGCUACUACGCCAACGUGAGUGAUUUCUGGUGAUUGACGAAGAUGCCUAGGGGCUGGUGAAAGUACAAAAUCACAAAGCAAGGAGCGUCAGUCAGUUCGCCUUUUAUUUUUGUAUAUAGUGAUGUCGUCGUCUUCGAAGUGCAGGAACCGAUGGUGGUGGUGAUCAUGAUGCCUUGGUCACUAUCAUCUAUUUAUCAAGGGACAGGACCACGACGCGACGAUGGCAUCUCACCGAACACCGUAAGACUUUGUUGUUGUCAACUGUUGAAUUAAAACAGUUGAACUUGUGAUUUCGAACUUACGUUUGUAAAUAAAUAAAUAAAAAACAGUUGAAUAACUCUUGCGAACCCUUUGAAAAGUAAAAAUAUAAACGCCACGAGCUCUUCCCCAGUACAAAUAUCUUAAGUUUAAUUUACAUAGUACAAAAUAAAGUUAGUAAGUCACACGAUUGUCGUGUGAUUAACUGUUGUAAAAAAAAAAAACAAAAAAAAAAGUUUUCAUAACAGUGAAGGUUGAAAAAGUUACCUUUUAGAGUCACCGCCCUCGAAGCCCCGAGAAAUAUAUCUCAGUACAAAAUAACAAGUGACACUGAAACGUGAAUAUGAUGAUGUUUGAGUGAAAAGUUGAAAAAAAAGGAAAGAAGAUCUCGGCGUGAGGAUCUAUUUACGCUUUGGCAACCUCUGCUGGUGAUGUCCCAAGGAUGUUAUGCGUCGAGACAAUGAGAACUGAAUUAGUCAAAGUCGACGGUGGGGAUUCAGACUACGUCCUCAUCAAUCACAUCAACGGUUGGAGCAGCCAUAACGAUGAGGUCAAGACGAGCCAAGGGGGCGGGUCAGGCGAGGUCAGCAGCUUGGAGGGCGUGGCGGCGGGGGGCGUGCCCAUUGGCGGAGGGGAGCUGACCGUGGGCGGGGGGCCGGGGGCGGCCCCUCGGGGCACUCGCCCCUCCUGAACUAUGACCCCGAAUGUGCCCGUAUGGAGGCGUGGCUGGACGAGCAUCAGGAUUUCGUCCACGAUUAUUUUAUAAGAAAAGCAUCCAGACACAUGGUGGACGCGUGGCUCAUGUCUCACGCCCUUCCGCAGAACAUGGGCUCCUCCGGGGGCACGUACAUGGGUUUGGGCGGCACGGGCAUGGGCUGCGGAGGCCCCGGGAGUUCGGGGGCGUCCGCCCCGUGCCCGGGCGACGGCAGCGCCCCCAACGGGAGCAACUCCCACGCCGGUCAGCCGCCUGGUUCCAGAGCGUCUUCAGGGUCGGAUAGGGGCGCGAGCGAUGCGUCUUUGCCCAGGGCACGGAGCUACGAACCCUUGUCCUGCUCCAAGGGGCCUCCUGCAGGUGCAGCCACCCCCGUCCGAAAAAUAUCGGCGCACGAGUUCGAGAAGGGCGGCCUCUUGAAACCCAUCAUCACCACCAUCGACGGCACGCCUACCUUCAUAUCGCCCGCGCCCGGGGCGGAAAACGUCGCUAUAUUAGCUAAGGUCCGCCGGAAGUCGCGAACGGAGCUGAAGGGCCUCGACGAACGCCAGCUGAUCUUCGAGCUGGUAAAGGACAUCUGCAACGACCUGGACGUGAGGUCCCUCUGUCACAAGAUCCUGCAGAAUGUCUCCAUCCUCACCAGCGCCGACAGGUGUUCCUUGUUCCUCGUCCAGGGAGAGAAGGAGAGCGGCAACCGGUGUCUCGUCUCGACGUUAUUCGACGUCAAUCCGGACUCCACGGUGGCCGAAAUGGAAGAGAAGGAGGAGAUCAGGAUACCCUGGGGCAGCGGCAUCGUCGGGUAUACGGCCGAAUCCGGGGCGAUGGUCAAUAUUCCGGAUGCGUACGAGGACCAUCGGUUCAACCCCAACAUAGACGGCAAGACGGGUUAUAAGACGCGCUCCAUGCUUUGUAUGCCAAUUAAGGACACGGCAGGUGAAGUCAUUGGAGUUGCUCAGGUGAUCAAUAAACAGCAGGGCCAAGCCUUCACAGUCAACGAUGAGAAGGUGUUCGAAUCCUAUCUCCAGUUCUGUGGCAUCGGCUUGAGAAACGCACAACUUUAUGAAAGAUCCCAACUGGAAGUCAAGAGAAAUCAGGUGCUACUUGAUCUUGCUCGGAUCAUCUUUGAAGAACAGAGUACCAUCGAACAAAUGGUGUACCGUAUCAUGACCCAUACGCAGUCACUUCUCCAAUGUGAAAGAGUCCAAAUCCUCCUCGUACACGAGGCAUCUCAGGGAACAUUUUCACGUGUAUUUGACCUGGAGGUGAAGGACCUGGAAGGAGAAGAUGCAGAGAGUCGCACUAGUCCCUUUGAGUCACGCUUCCCCAUCAACAUUGGGAUCACUGGGCAUGUAGCUAUGACUGGAGAGACUGUUUGCAUCAUCGAUGCCUACGAAGAUUCCAAGUUUGAUGCGUCGGUGGAUGAAUUCACAAAUUUCCGACACAAAUCGAUUUUGUGUAUGCCUAUCAAGAACACAGCAGGGAAAAUAGUUGGUGUUGUGCUACUCAUCAAUAAAUUUGAUAACCUACCCUUCACUAAAAAUGACGAAAACUUCUUGGAGGCGUUUGCAAUCUUCUGUGGCAUGGGCAUCCACAAUACACACAUGUAUGAAAAGGCUGUGAUUGCGAUGGCAAAACAAAAAGUGACUCUCGAAGUGUUGAGUUAUCAUGCCACUGCACCUAGAGAAGAUGCAUUUAGACUCAUGAAAGCGAAGGUUCCUUCUGCGCAAGCGCUCAAAUUGUAUGACUUCAAAUUUGAUGACUUUAGUCUAGAUGAUGAUGGAAGUUUGAAGGCUUGCUUGAGAAUGUUCUUAGACUUGGACCUCAUUGGGAGGUUCCACAUCGAGUAUGAAGUUUUGUGUAGAUGGCUACUUAGCGUUAAGAAAAAUUACCGUAAUGUUACCUACCAUAAUUGGCGCCAUGCUUUCAAUGUUGCCCAGAUGAUGUUUGCCAUAAUCACAACAACACAAUGGUGGAAAAUUCUGGGAGAACUGGAAUGCUUAGCCCUAUUAGUGGCAUGUUUGUGUCAUGAUUUGGACCACCGAGGAACAAAUAAUUCCUUCCAGAUUAAAGCGUCUUCUCCCCUGGCCCAGCUAUACACCACCUCAACCAUGGAGCACCACCAUUUUGAUCAGUGCGUGAUGAUCCUCAAUUCAGCGGGUAAUCAGAUCCUAAGUAACUGUACUCCUGACGAAUAUUCCAGAGUUAUAAAUGUUUUAGAAGAUGCCAUCUUGGCCACUGAUUUGGCUGUUUAUUUCAGAAAGCGAGGUAGCUUCUUCAAUUUGAUAAAUUCACAGCAAAAUGACUUUGGAAAGGAAGAGCAGAGAGAACAGUUACGAGGUAUGAUGAUGACUAUAUGUGAUGUUGCUGCUAUCACAAAACCGUGGCCAAUUCAAAAGCAGGUUGCGGAACUUGUAGCAGGAGAGUUCUUUGAACAGGGUGAUAUAGAAAAGCAAGAAUUAAAAAUAACUCCAAUAGACAUGAUGAAUAGAGAAAAGAAGGAUAAACUUCCAAUGAUGCAAGUUGGUUUCAUAGAUUCCAUAUGUUUACCUGUGUAUGAGGCCUUUGCGAAACUGAGCCCAGAGCUGAAAACUCUGUUAGAAGGUGUUGAAGAGAACCGUCGUCACUGGCAGUCGUUGGUAGUAGAUGAGACCAUAAACAAGAAUGCGACGGCAAAUAACAACAACAACAACAAUAAUAAUAAUGAUUCAAGUGCAAAUGAUGCUGGUUCUGAUAAGUAGUCAGUUAAAAGUCAGAGAAUAAACACUUAACUGCUUUCUAAUUCAUGGGAGAAGCAACAGCGUUCAUCUGGAUACCAAUCAAACUGACUCGAGUGAAUUGGAAGGCAUCGUGGGGUUCUGUAAAUGGAGAAAAAGCAGAUUAAAAUAAAAUUUAGAAAUUAUAAUACGUAGCUGUAUUUAUUAACAGCGAGUGAAUUUCUGCUUCAGCAGUCCAUAUAGAAAAGAAAAUAUAGAUUACACAGAUAGUAUACGUAUGUGCAAAGGCCCCUGAAAAGGAUAAAAAACUAUCAUAAAGGAAAAUAAAAAGUUCACAGUAUUUGUGCAUGAAAAUGUGUUGACAAUAUUAAAUGGAAAAAAAGAUUAUUAGCCACAAUUUAUUUUUGCUACAGAAUGCAGUGCUCUUCAUUACUAGCUAAUAAUAAAUAAAGUGGACAUUGUAAUUCACCUUUCAAUAUCUGUUCUUUUACAUGCCAGAACUUUACUUAUAUGGCAGUGAAGAUGAAUACAGAAGAACUUUUUGCAGGGGAAGUUUGUACCUUGUCCUUACAAAGAUGAGUAAACAAAAUACCUAAAAGUGUAUAUAUAUACUAACAGUAUAUAUAUAUAUCAUUUAUAUAUGGGCAUACUGUACAUGAUCAGUAACUUUUAAGAACUUAAAUAAAAAGUACUGAUACCUUUUAGCCUAAUUGUAGUGAAGUUUUACACAGCUGGUUAAUUCUGAUCUUGCCAUUUUGUAUGUGCGCACACAAGAUUGUAGAGAGGAAAGUGACUUUAUGUAAUUAUGUUAGGACAAGGUGUACACAUUUCAUUGUAAUCAAGAGUAUUUGCAAACUACAUAUACAGUAUCACAUCGCAGUGAUAUAAAAUGCUGUAUGUGAUAAUAUACUUUGCUAUCAAAAAUGUCUUAGUUUGUAACUGUUAUAUUUGUAAAUUACUAUAUUUGUACUUACCAGUGUUUUUGGUAUUUCCAACUAUUUAUUUAUUUGUGUUCUUUCAAAAAUAGUACACUGUCAUGAGUUCUGUUUAUAGUUGUCAAGUUAAUUUAUAAAUAUCUUUACACCUUUUGUGAGAAUAAAUAUUUGUGCUUUGCAGAGACCUGGAUCUUUGCUUAUAUUUCCUAUUGACAUGUCAGUGAUCAGUACAAUUUUCCGUAACCCACAGUUCGUGGGCUAUAGGUUCUCAUUUCAAUACUGACGUGUUUUGUCAUUUUUUUUUUCGUGUAUAAAACAGCUGUAUGCAUUUUUUCCAUAUAGCUGUCUCUUUAAUACUAUAUACUAUAUAUAUACUGCCUUAAAGCACAAUGUCUUGAAAGCAGGUUUUAGGUUUUAUGAAUUUGCCUCUGGGAAUCUUAGCCAUGAAUAACGGAUUAUGCCUCAAACACGAAAGACCUCAAUGUUGUUAGAUAUUUUUUUUAUUUGCUAAAUCUGUUUUCAAUUUUUAUGCCAACUGUUCCUGAAUUAUGUGAACCGAGCAACCAAAGCAAGGUUUGCGGAAAUGACUUUGGGACUGAAUUAUUUCAAUCUGAUAAGUUUUAUUGAAAGCACAGCGAGCAGUUUUUAACAAAAAAAAUGAUACUUGUGCUUUUAAAGGUUUCCUUUUAAAUCUUAUAAUAAUUUAAAAAUUUAGACAAAUGUGUAAUGGAACAGUUGUGCCGUUGGUAUUUUUAAGCAAACAAACAGACAUCAUUUUAUUUUUAAUGUUCUCACCAUUUAAUUUACCUCAAAACAUACUAGAUGAAGAGAUUUUUCUUUCAGUCAUAUAUUUAUGUAUACCCUAAAUCUAUCAAUAUUUGUUUCCCAAAAUCUUCUGUCUUUUGUGUCAGAAGUUCCUUCCAUGGCUAAGAUUACUUCAGUGAAGUCAUGCCAACGUUCCAAACAUAAAGUGUCUCGUUCAAGAUAUUAUGCCACAAGGGAAUACAAUGUACAUCUAUGCCUCAAGGUUGAGAGGGCUUGCAUAGUUAUAUGAUUACUACAAUGUGAUUUUGUUUAUAUAUGAUUUUCAUUCACUUACAUACUACUUUUUAACAAAAUGAGCACCAGCCUCUUUUUAACUUCUUACAACAGGUGCUUGUCUGUUGCCUAAUUCCAUUUUAGUUAUUGUCAUAACUGGGAAACAAUAUUGGGCCAAACUAUUUGUGUAUUAAUUCAAAAGAGUAGAUUACCUCUUACACAUUCAAGAUAUGGUUUAAGAUAAAGAUUUUUAUCAAUAUCAGCAAACUUGUGUACUGUACCACAGUGAAAGACUAAUAUCUUUUUUCCAAAAUAUAUACUUUUAUGAACAUAUACAUUAAGGAAAUAUGCAUUAGUUGGCUUGUCAGUGUAGAGGCAAAAUAAGAAAUAAAUGUUAGGAUUAGUUUUCUUUCCAUUUACUGUAAUACCUUGACGCACAAGUAUGGAAAGUUAAAUUGCUAUUUUUAUAGAAUUCAAUCUCAAUAUUUUUGGCUUCACAGCAACUUUUUGGAAUGCACAGUAGAUGGAAGAAUAAUCUUGCAGAAAGAAACACUCACAAUGAUAACAGUACUACCCACACAUUUACAUUUCUGUGAUUAGGCAUAUCUUCUACACUAGCUAAAAACCUUGAGAAUAAUAAUAUUCACUUAGGUAUAUGUAUACAAAUGCUAAUAAAAGCUGUCAACUCUAUUUAUUUCUGGAAUAACAGGAGCCAUGCAUAGUACAACUGCAAGGUGUAAGAGAAGGCACAUCUAAAUUGAUUCCUUUCUCAUUCCCACAAGUGUACUAAAUGUGUCCAAAGACACAUGUAAAAAUGAGAUUAUUAAUUUGUAUUUAUCCUAGUCAUUAUUAUGUAAUCCUUCUUCAUGUAUUGACAUGUAACCUGUGCAAGCUCAAAGCUUUUGUAAUGCUGGAUUUUACAGCAUAAGAAAACUCACAGAAUCACCAAGUGCAGCAUGCAUGACUCUGUUGUGUCUGUUGCGUGAUUAUUUUUGGCAAUUACUGUAUAGUUCGGUUGUUUUUAUAAAUGUUCCAAACCCCUUUGGCAUACUUGUCGGAAAUAAAUCAUCGGGCUUCAAUUAAAGACUGGUUGUAGUUACUAUUAUCACAGUAAUCUGUUGUAUAUGCCUUUAUCCAUCACGAAAUCCAUCAAGGUUCUCUUAACACAUAAAUUCCAGCUUUAUUUGUAAUUAAAAUAUAUAUAUAUAUCACAGUAUUUAUCAUUUUUUGUAUAUAUUCUGGAGCAUAUACUGUAAUUGGUUUCUGCCGACUCUUUCACAUAAACAACAGGCACACGCUGUUGGUACAUGUUCUUUCUAUGUUGUGAAUCCUGGUGUGUUCUAAUGGAAAUGUCAUUGUGCAUAAUUCAAAGACACUUAUAAGGGCACUUGAGUCCGUACGCAAGAAACUUGAAUAUUUAAAAGCAUAUCUGAAAAGUUUAAGUUCUACACAUUUCGUAUCUCAAAUGUACGAAGAAAUUUUAAGCGGCUGGAAAUUUAUCAUCUUAAUGAAGCACAUUUGUUCUUUACUUCCUUAUAAUCUUUCAUUGUUUUUAGGCUUAUUUAACUCACGUUUACUUAUAGGUGUCUAAAGCCAAGAUGCAGAUGGUAUGAACUGCCAGUGUGUGGAAUGCCUCUGUGCAUGACAUGAAGCAUUACAUGUUGUAAACAUAAUUGUAGAUGAUCACGGGUUUUACAGUGAACUAAAUGUUAUGCCAGUGGAUAGAAAAUGGGACACUGUUCAAGAAAAAAUAUAUUUAAACCAUAUUCUCUGUGUUCAUUGCAGAUAUUGUUCAUUCUACUUGGAGAUUAUAUGGCCAUGGAAAGUACAGUACUGUGUUAAGUGUGUGUGUGUCCCAUUUAAUAUCUUCAAAUCUGAAUUCACUUAUAAAAAGCUCCACAGAUGAUGCCAUUUUAGAGGCACCAAAGUAUCAGGAAUACCAAUACUGUACUUGUUUACUUAACAGAUUGUUUGUUAAUUCUCCCUAUGCAUUCAGAUGCAGAAUCUUCUUAAAAUAUAUUUAUAUAUAUGUACUGUAUUUAUACCAUUUUUACUGGCUACCUUAAGUAGCCAAUUCUGAUCAAUGGUCUGUCUGAACUUGAAAUUAAAUUUUCAGAAACCGUACAAAAAUUUUCCCACUAGCUACUGUCAUUAAGUCAAGUCCAAAGACAGCUUAGAAACCUCUAUGCUAUACAUUAAUUUAUAAUUAAAACUAUGUGCAAUAACCUUUCACGUGGCUUGGAAACCAUUUUCUUGUGUCUCUUCCAGACAAUACAAGUAAUCUGUUUUGUAAACAUCUUAGAAAGUGUUCAUUGUGUCUCUGGCCUUCAACUAAGCAUGACCUAUCUGUGUUUCAAAGUGCCAUUUUCUACUGUAGUAAUCUCUUUACGAGUCAAAGCCAUUAUGACCAAGGUGGGCUAAUAAACUAUUCAAACUUGAAA